AUGGAGCAGCCACCCGAGCAGGAAGGGACAAUCCCUGCCCCUUCCAGCAGGGAAGGGUCCCAGCAGCUCCCACAGGAACCCGUGGGUGGGGAAGAAAUUCCAGAGGGCAAGCGGGAGAGCCCGGCCCCAGCCGUGGGGCAGCCGGGCUGUGCCCCACAUCUCCCCCCCGAUCAGCCUCCCAAGGAAGAUGCUCAGGAGAAGCAGCCCACGGAAGACACUGGGGGGUCCUUGGCUGCUCCCCCCAUUCCCAGCCCCAGUGCCGGGGGGUCCCCAGAGGAGCCCCCCCGAACCCGCAGCCCCGCUCGGGAAGCGGAGCCGGAGUUUUACUGCGUGAAGUGGAUCAGCUGGAAGGGGGAGCGGUCGCCGGUCGUCAUGCAGAGCCAGAAUGGGCCCUGCCCGCUCCUGGCCAUCAUCAACAUCCUCCUCCUGCAGUGGAACAUCAAUGACUCCAUGACCGUCCUGCCCAAGCUGGCCACGGGGCUGGACGUCAACGUGCGGUUCACGGGCGUCUCCGACUUCGAGUACACACCUGAGUGCAUUGUCUUUGACCUCCUCAACGUCCCGCUCUACCACGGCUGGCUGGUGGACCCCCAGAGCCCCGAGGUGGUCCAAGCCGUGGGCAAACUGAGCUACAACCAACUGGUGGAGAAGAUCAUCACCUGCAAACAGGCCAGCGACUCCAGCCUGGUGAGCGAAGGGCUGGUGGCCGAGCAGUUCCUGGAGGCCACGGCCUCCCAGCUGACGUUCCACGG